AUGCCAACGCCUGUCCAACCUGUGGGUUCUCUGAAUGCAGAUGCGCGCUUCGAAAUAUGGAAAGACCAACACGUACCCUUGCUCUACGACUGGCUUUCCUCUCGCAACUUGGUCUGGCCACACGAGGCGUUGCGUUGGGGAGCCUUGAGCCCAGAUGAGAAUAGGUCAAGAGAACGCACCGUUAUAAGCAAUGGCGCCCCGUCUAUCACGCGCGCCCUGUAUUUAGCGGAACGGACAGGACCUUCCAAGAACGAUCCCAAUACCCUCCUGCACUUCGAUGUCAAGGUCACCCCAGAGCUUUCGUGCAAACCCCAAGACAUAGCCAAACCAUGGCUUAAUGAGGCUGUUGUCUUAGAGAGGGCCGAUCAAAUGUCGACAAGAAGCUUCUGGCUUCGCAAGCGAAUUAUCCACCCCGGCGAAGUCAAUCGGAUACGCCUCGCCGCACCUGGCGUCGUUAUCACGCAUACCGAUAAUCCUCAUUUGUUCGUUUGGGACUUCAAUAUGCAACCAGCAAGAGCGAAGGACGAAAUGACAGCUAGCGUGCCCACUGUCACACUAGUUGGACAUCAUGACGAUGCAGAUUAUGCCCUAGAUGUCGCUCCACCUCCAAACCUGGACAGCGAUGCUGGUCAGGCGGAUACAUGGAUUGUGAGUGGCGGCAGGGAUUGCUCUGUUCUUGUGUGGUGCCUUAAAGAUUACCAAAGCAUGGGACCAGAGUUGAUGCCCCGUGCGCGUAUGGUAGGAGGACGCAACAUGUCACCAGAUUUGGGACACACCAAUAUCGUAGAAGACGUCAGUUUCAAUUCACAUGACCGAAACAUCGUGGUCUCAGUUGGGCGGGACUCGGCAAUGAUGUUGUGGGAUACGCGAACAACCGCUAGGCCGACAAGCACGGUUCGGAAAGCUCACGUCGGAGAUAUCAACUGCUGUGAUGCAGGUGGAACAGAUCAGUACCUCAUCAUCACCGGCGGUAGUGAUCAUUUAAUCAAAGUGUGGGAUAGACGCUACCUGACAAAUGCACUUGGGGAGAGAAAGCCUAUUAAAACACUUCAUGGCCAUUCGAAUCAAGUGACAAAUGUUAUGUGGAACAAGUACGUUCCGGCCACUUUGGCAUCCGGCGGUGAAGACGGGCAAGUUCUACUGUGGAACAUCAAGGAAACAGAUCGUCGGCCGGCAUUCUCAAGUGGCUUGUAUUCGGUCAGCCCCGAAUUGAUGUUCAGACAUGUCGGACACACCCAGUCUCCCUCAAAGAUCGUCGAUUUUGAGUGGCAUCCCAGCGAGUCUGACCCCUGGUGCAUAGCGUCACUCAGCGAAACAGUUGGGGAAGGAGGAUCUACGGUGCAAAUAUGGAGGAUAUCUGAUUUGAUUUAUCGGGAGAAGGAGGAAGUUGCUGCUGACCUUCGACAGCAUGCUCGAUCUAGAGUCUACUAAAUCCCAGCCGCCCUUCGCUCCCGAAUGAGGGUACUCAAAAGAACCUGAAUAAUCUAUUCAAGGGAGGGAACUCAUGAUUCGAGAGUAGACAAAAAUGACCUUCCAUCGAGCCAGAGCUACGAGCAAUAUACAAUAACUGGCUCUUCUCAUCGUUUUCCACGGUUCUCAUGGUAAGCUGUGAACCGAUUAUCAAUUGCUGUUAGACAACUGGGAGUCCGAGAUUCAGUUUCCGAGUGGUUGCAAUAAUGCACAGAAACACACACCUCACAGUCGUCUUUAUGCAAAAUACAUGUUUCCUUACUCUCGCUCUUGCGCAAGAAGCCUGCUUCGAUGGUACAGGCGUGUAGCAUUUUGACGGGGUGUGAGUAGCCGGAAGCAAGCGCUCGGUUGGAUGUUUGACACAAUGCACCUCCAAGUAUUCCCUGUCCGACCAGCUAGGGAGUCGAUACAUACACUGCAGUUGGUAGGCAUAGAACUUAACGGUGAGAACGUGAGCGAGCAAACAUGACUGCGUCCAUGUCCUUAUUUUGAAUCGAUAGCGUCUUAACUCUGCCGGCUAUUGUUACCUGUUCACGGCAUUAUUGUACUCAGUGACAUAUUCCCAUAUACUUGUUAGUGAAUAGCGGAGGCACGGUUCACUUCUAUAGUUACUUAAACGAUAAAGCAGGGUGCU